UCUUUUUUAUUGAAUCAAAGUCCUGUUUGUGUCUGUCAAUAAUUAAAGUUGGUUCAAUAAUGCAAGUACUGUAUAUGUACUAUUUAAUCAGAUAACAUUAUGCUUUUUCUACCCUACUUUACUCUCAGUGUGUAAUCAUCCCUCGUCCUCAUCAUUUACGGAGUCACCAACCUUAGAGGUAAUUGUUCUCUGCACAAAUCACUUGUCUAGUUGCGAUUUCUCCCUUCCUCAGCUAACGGUGAGUCUCUGUGACGGAUUGUACUAAUCUCGUUAUUUUUCAGAACGACUUCUGGAACAGUCCACUGAAAUCUCCACACUCUGAGAACAAACAUGAGUCACCCGAGAAAGGCUGAGUUCUUUGGGGUCCCUAGCCCUUCUGUUCCGAGAAAUGAAGAUGAUAUAUUUGCUGAAUACUUCGGGAGACCUUCUCGUCCAAGAAAUGCAGAUGAUAGAAAGGCUGAGUUCUUUCAGGUCCCUAGUCCUUCUUCUGUUCCGAAGAGUAAGGAUGAUAUUUUUACUGAGUUCUUUGGGUUCCCUAGCCCUUCUUCUGUUCCCAAGCGUAAGGAUGAUAUAUUUACUGAGUUCUUUGGGAACUCCAUCCCUUCCCCUGGUGGUGAUGGCGGCAGAGGUGGCGGCUUUUUGCAUCACAGUGGAGCUAGGAAGGCAGAUCCUAUUGAAACAAAGUUGCCUUGCAGUCUUGAACAUCUUUACAAAGGAACCACCAGGAAGAUGAAGAUCUCCAGGGAGAUUACUGAUGUGAGCGGCAAGACGAUGCAGGUAGAAGAGGUUUUGACUGUUGAUGUGAAACCAGGGUGGAAGAAAGGCACAAGGAUCAAAUUCCCAGAGAAAGGAAAUGCGCAACCUGGUGUUAUCCCAGCGGAUUUAAUCUUCAUCAUCGAUGAGAAGCCUCAUCCGGUUUUCACUCGAGAGGGUAACGACCUCUUAGUCACACUGAAGAUCUCAGUUCUCGAGGCCUUUACCGGCUACACCGUCAACCUGACUACACUUGAUGGUCGGAGACUGACAAUCCCAGUCAACUGUGUGAUCCAUCCCGAGUACGAGGAAGUGGUUCCAAUGGAAGGAAUGCCGUUGCAGAAAGACAAGACUAAGAAAGGUAACUUGAGGAUCAAAUUUAACAUCAAGUUUCCUACAAGCUUAUCCUCAGCUCAGAAGAUGGGGUUGAAGAAACUUCUCGGAUGAACUGGGUUAAAAUUAUCCCAUUUCAGACAAAACAAUGUAGAAUACGAGAGGAAUAAGAAGAUCAAAGCUUCUAUAUAUCUUGUUGGAAAUGGCUGAGAUUGUGACCUUUAUGAUCGAUUUGUAACAUAUGUAUGAUUGGGUACUCUUGCGACCUUUCUGAUCUAUUUGUAACAUAUGUGUGAUCAAAAUACUGUUGUGACCUUUCUGAUCUGUAUAAUACGCCUAAUAAGUUUGCUACUU